AUGGUCCUUUUCCUCGUGUCGAAAGCCCUCCCUCCCCCUCCGCCCAAGAAGCCUUCUUCGCCCCUCACAUCCUACAUCUCUCUCGUCCAUCUGGUCCCGUUCAAGACGGCGAGCUUGAUUAGGAUCUUGCUCAAAGUCCCUUCGAACCUCGUCGAGGUCAGCUUUCCAAACGGCCGACCCCAGCCGGCUGUCUUCGCGCCCGAGAACCCACCCUUCACCCGAGCGCGCGCGACCUUUUUCCUCCCCCAGUUCAUCUUAUUCCACUACGCCCGUGUGGCCUACCUCUUCCACCGCCAGCAGAUCCCAGAAAAACCUUUCGUUCAAUUCUCUUUCUGCCUCAAGUCUUGCGUCUCCAUCCUUUCUACGCCCCACAUAUCGCAGAAAAAGCUCAUCGAGAAGCUCGGCUUCCCUCCUCCGCCGCGUCAUCGAGACUGA